AUGGCAGUGAACAUUUACACCGAUAAAGACGCCGACAUGUCCUUCCUGGAAGGCAAGACGGUGGGGAUGAUCGGCUACGGCAGCCAGGGCCACGCCCACGCGCUGAACCUGCACGACAGCGGGAUCAAGGUGAUGGUCGGCCUGUACGAGGGCAGCGCGAGCCGGCAGGUGGCGCGGGACGCCGGACUGGCGGUCGGCAGCGUGGCCGAGGUGGCCAAAGAGGCCGAGAUAAUGAUGGUUGCCAUACCGGACCACGUGCAGAAGGACGUGUACCGGGACGAGAUCGAACCCAACCUGGGACCGGGUAAGGCUCUGAUGUUCGCCCACGGGUUCACCAUCCACUACCAGUUCGUGGUGCCGCCGCCGACGGUGGACGUGCUGAUGAUCGCGCCGAAGGCGCCGGGGCACCGGAUGCGGGAGCACUUCGUGGAGCAGGGCAUCGGCGUGCCGUGCCUGCUGGCAGUGCACCAGGACGCCACGGGCAACGCCAAGAACAUCGGGCUGGCCUAUGCGUCCGGCAUUGGCUGCGCCCGCGCCGGCGUGCUGGAGACCACCUUCAAGGACGAGACCGAAAGCGACCUGUUCGGCGAGCAGUCGGUGCUGUGCGGCGGCGUGACCGCGCUGAUCAACCUGGCGUUCGAGACGCUGGUGGAGCGGGGAUAUCCGCCGGAAAUCGCGUACUUCGAGUGCCUGCACGAGCUGAAGAUGAUCGUUGACUUGAUCCAGCAGGGCGGGUUCAACUACAUGCGGUACUCGGUGAGCGACACGGCCGAGUAUGGCGACCUGACCCGUGGCACGCGGGUGGUCGACGACCACGUCCGCGAGAACAUGAACCGGGUGCUGGACGACAUCCAGAGCGGGGCGUUUGCCAAGGAAUGGAUGGCGGAGUGCGACGAAGGAAGGCACAACUUCCUGCGCCUGCGCCAGGAAGCGCGCACCAGCCGGAUCCACGAGGUGGGCCGGGGCCUGCGCGAGAUGAUGCCGUGGAUGAACCCACGCGAGAUCGAGUAA